AUGAGUUUGGAUACGCCCGUAAUCCAUCGUCGCCCAUCGACUCGUCUCCUCGAGCUCUGCACAAAUCGUUCCACGAUGGACACUAUCAUGGUGGUAUCUUCGAGUCUCCGUUUUGUCUUCGAACAGGCCGGUCAGUCGCUGCUGUGUGGUAUGCGAGCUCCAAUCCGUGCACGGCACUCAGUAGCUGCCCGAGAUGAAGUGUCGACGCCAUCUUCCGUCUGUACGUUCGACACUUCCAGCACGGCCGCGUCCGAGUCCUCGCGCUUCUCCGACUCGCCGUCGAGCCAAAAACUCGGAGACCUACUGACCCAAGUCGUGUGUGACGACUCGGAUCAAGUUGCGCUUGCACAGCGUCGUGCUGCCUUCCUGGUGCUCGAGCAGCUUCUGCUAAUUGACCAAAAACAAGACCAGAGCCAAACUGACAUGAAUGCCAAUCUUCUCAACGCUGCGAGUGACCGUCAACAGCCAACCGAAGCAGCCAAGCGAGCGAUGGACAUCUCGAAACGUCCGACGGAGCUGGACGCCUGCAAGUUUCGCGAGUGCCGACUCCCGUCCGUAUCCGAUGAUGCCGGCUCUUGUCCAGAACGAAGAAGAGUCAAAGGAGGGGGAGCCAGAGCCGAUUAUCUACCCCAUUCCAGCGAACGAGGAGAAAUGAAGGCCCCUCACAGCGUCGUCACACUCGUUGAACGUGAUGUGGUGACUCUGCUGGCGACCAACGCACCGGAAUACUGGGACGUCGGUACCGGUAAUCCGCGCGAGCAAACAUUCUGUCAGCACUUUGUCAUGGACGAUAAGCCGUUGCUCGUCCGUCACGCUGAGGCGGAUAUGCGGUUCUACCACAUCGCGCCCGUGACGAUGCGCAGUCUUCGGUUCUACGCUGGUUUCCCCGUGUCGAUCCCGUGUGUGUCAAGAGCUUCGGGACAGCCUGAGAGAGUCGUCAUUGGCGCCUUGUGUUGUCUUGAUGAAAAGCCCCACGAGAUGACGAGGUCGCAGUACUGGAAGCUCAUGAAACUUGCGGAAGCAGCCUCCGCCAUCCUGGAGAAGACUGCGACAGAAUACAUUGCUGACCCUGAGAAUCACCCACUCGGACAACAAAGAACCGGAGUCCUAAAGCCUAAGGGCAAUGGCACGGGAAUGGUUACUUGCUAA